AAACAAAAUCGCCAGGCGUUCUAUUUUCUGGAAAGAAAAUUCCUAAAAUUUUCUGCAAAACGGCGAAUUCUCGGCGAUGGUGAUACUGCUUCGUGAAGUGUGAAAGUUGGAGUGUGAAAACCAAUCAUGACCGAACGGUGGCACAAGAACAGUGUAACGACGACGAAAAGUGGUUUAGGAGUUGGAUGCGCGGAAGGUGGCGGCGGCGGCGGCGGCAACAACGGUUUAGGAAAUCAUGGGUCCAGCUUAGGAAACGGCAGCACGACGUCCGGAACCACAGACCUGGGGAGUGUGGGCGGCAGCGUUGGCGGAGCGCACACUUUCGGUGGGGCGAACGGAGAAUCGGGCAUCCUCCGCAAAACGGGACACUACCAUCAUCAUCAUCAUCACCAUGGCGGCACCCAGGAGAACUUCGAUGAUCUGCUCGUCUUCGGUUACUCGUGCAAAAUCUUCCGCGACAACGAGAGGGCACGAUACAUCGAUCAGGGCCGGCAUCUGAUACCGUGGAUGGGCGACAAUCAGUUGAAGAUAGACAGAUAUGAUGCACGAGGUGCGUUACACGAUCUCGCACCCUACGAACCUCCGCCGGGGGGUUAUCGAGAUCGCCUGGAAGGGCUUACGGCGGCCGAGCAGAAGGCGGAACAGUUGUGUGAAGAAGAACGCUAUUACAGCCUUUACCGGAACGAGGUGGAAGAGGAAAUCGCUCAAGAGGAAAGCUUGAAGCGACAGCUGAAGUUGGGCACCGAGAUACCGUUCGAUUACGAUGCCCCGCCACAGGAUGGAGCAACGGUGGCCACUGUUGAGCAGCGUUCAGCUUCUGGCAACGAGCAAGACGAUGAUCCUUAUGUGCCGCUAGCAAAUUUUGAAAUUCCUUCCGACAUUCCACUACCGGACACGAUGAAGGAACACGCAAUCAUCGAAAAAACGGCCAAAUUCAUUGCCUCGCAGGAUGCGCAAAUGGAGAUACUGCUCAAAACGAAACAGGCCAACAAUCCACAGUUUGACUUUCUCAACCAAAGUGGUCAUCUGUUCCGGUAUUAUCGGCAUGUGUUGUUGGCUUUUCGCACCAAUCAAUACCCGGCAAGCGAUAGCGCCAGCAGCGAACAGCAGGAUGUGGGUGCCGAUGAGGAGCAAAAUUCGCUGCAAAAUGGCACGGCAACAGUAGUCACUCCGAGCGUUGUCGUUCCGACAAUUAAGUACAAACCCUCGGCGGAUUGUGCGUACACACAGUUGAUAAGCAAAAUUACCGGAGCACCAAUACCGACAAUAUCGGCAUCGGAAGGAGGUGAACAAUCGCCUUCGUCCGAAGUGUCGACCCCAACGGGGGUUGAGAAGAAAACGGUUUCCACCGGUUUGGCCGGAUUGGUGCAGUACGAUUCGGGAAGCAGCGAAGAUGAGGACGGCGAAGAUAAUGGUGCCAAUGAGAGCUCCGAUCCUCAGCCCAAAUGUAAAUCGAGUGAACCGAAGGAAUCGAAAGCUACACAGUUAGCACCAUUCCAAGGGGUAGUACCUGCAUUGACGAUCCAGCACGUGAUUGAUCGAACGGCCAUUUAUGUAGCAAAGAACGGGUACAGCUUUGAGGAAGCUCUACGUGCCAAAAAUGAUCCACGGUUUGUUUUUCUCAAUCAAACGCACCAAUAUUACCCGUACUAUGCGUACUGUGUGCGCCAACGAAUGAAUGGCGGUGAAAAUGGAUUGGGGCUAGCAUCUGCUUUAUCGCUUCCCGCGUCGGCACCCAAUUCACCGCCCAAAGUAACGGUUCGAACGGAAACAGGAAACGGCACGGUGGUAGAGACUACGCCUAGCUUAGGCAUUAAAACUGUCCACACCGCAGCCCCGAAAGUGGUUCCGGCAUCAUCAACAAAGAUUCAGCAUCAAAAGCUGGGCGCACCGGUCAGUUUUAUGCUUCCUCGCAAAGCAAAAGAUGACACCGGUAGUAAAAUGCUGGGAAGCGACGAUGAUGAUGAAAACGAACAGCAGGUACGAACUGUCCAGCCAGAGGAAUGUGCGAAAGAAAACCAGGAGCAAAUGCCUGAGCCACCGAAGCAGGAAUCGAAACUCGUUGAAACGACGAAACGAGCAAGUGACGAAUCAUCACCAAAACCUCCCAUUGUUAUCUUACACAAGGAGGAAGCGGUUGAGUCGCUGCCAGAGAAUGUACAAGAAGUGAUCGAAAAGGUAACCGAAACGGCAGGCGAAAGCCAAACAAACUCUCUCACCAUGAACCUGGAACCGACCGUCUCGAAGGAAAAGCAAGCUGAACGGAAGAAGCGUGCUAGCAUGUUUGUGAAUCUUAUCAAACACGUGGAUCGCAAGCCAACGGCCGAUGAGCGAGAGCACGUUCCCGAGACGAAAGCGCGGAUCAUCGAUGGUGGCCAUAUUGCUAGCGAUGUGGAGGAAGGAUCGGUUCAAUCAAUUCGCUCCACAAGCGUAUCGCCAAAGGAUCAGAAAACCGGAAGUGUUAACACCGCAAUCACCACGAUAAUGACGACUACGGUAAUCGAGGAUGAUGAUGACGAUGAUGAUGAUGUGGUGCUGGUGAGUGAAACGCGGCCGGCGGCCGUUCGACGUUCUCGAUCUCGGUCCCGUUCUGUGCAGAGCACUAGAAAAAAAUCGAUUGAACGGUCCAGCAGUUGUCGCCGGACGAAGAAGAAGAAAUCUAAAAGCCGUCACCGAUCAUCACGGGGAAAGUCGAAAAAAUCAAAGAAAAGAAAAUCCCGCUCACGGUCACGAUCGCGAGGCAAGCGAGAGCGUAGUAGAACGGGCCGCGAUCGCAGCAAAACACCCAGACGAAGGGGACGCAGUAGUAGUAGCACUAGCAGUAGCAGCCGCAGCCGCAGCCCCAGUCGAAAACGAUCGCAAAGCCAUACGAGCAGUCGAAGCAGUAAUGUGAAGCGCCGCACCGACGUUCGCCGACGAGCCCACUCGAGUCCUUCACCGUCCAGAUCACGUUCUCGUUCACGAUCCGUUGGCUCAGCAGCAGGGGCUAAACGAUCGCGAAAGAGUGAACGUUCGCCCAUGGAAUCGUCGAAGCGAAAGAACAGGAAAGAUCGCUCGCGGGAAUCGAGUCGCGAUCGGAAACGCAAAAAGCCGCAAAAGGAUCGAUCCGUCAGUCGAGGAUCGCACCGGAAGAGCGAUAGUGAUUCGGAGAGCCGCCAUCGACGUCAGCAGCAGCGAAAGAACAAGAUGACCGGUGAAGCCUAUAACGAACGGUAUCCUGUUCCGUCGCGAACAAGGUAUUGGGAUUGCUAGAGAAUCCAACGAAAUCAUAUCGGAUCGAUCGGGGGGAUGCGUUUAGAUACGGAGCCGAAUAACAAAUCACUGGGCAAUUGGUUGGGAUACGUAGAUAUUGUAGUGUAAAGUGAAGAUUUUAAUAAAACUUCUUUUUUUCCUUUACUGACA